GCUUGUGGGUGGUUCCUCGAUCACGCUUUGCCGGCAUCAGAUCUCGUGCUGGUUAUCCAAGUGCUGCACUUGAUCUUCCAGGAUCUGCCAUCAAAAGCGUUCUCCGGAAUCACUGGACCAGUCAACCUUCAUCUCAAGUUCGCUGCUGCGAAAGAGCUCGCUCAUUUCCUUCUUGUUGUCGCCAUCGGACUCUGCCUUCACAGCUGCUGCUCGAGCAGGCUGCGCGUUGCGGCAUCUCCGGCGCCUGCGCCAGAUCGAGGUGGCGGGCGAAAGCCAUUGGAUAAACCCUUGGGUCGGGCGAAGCAGACAAUUAAGGCUGACUGA